AUCAAAGAUGAGUCAAACAAAAGGAAAUAAUAUCCUCAAUAAUAUAUUCAUUCAUCAGUUUAUGGAUGAUGCAACCCUUUUCAAUAUGAUCGAUACAGAAGAAUCUAUUUCCAAACUUUCUUGUUUGCUGCAAGUGCUCUACGAAAGAAUUGAAAAAAAUUUAUCUAAAAAACAUAACUUCAGUGUAGCUAAAAUUUUGGAGAGUGAAUGCUCCUACGAUAUGAAAAAGACUGCCCUCGACUUUGCCUUACAUAUUCAAGCUGAUCUGGGAGAAUUCAUAUAUUGUCUUCGUUUAUUCAAUGAGAAAUUGUCCAUGAUAGAUUUGGAAAGCAAAUGGGAAGAUAUUAUCAUGGAUUCAUCAGAAAUCUUAUGCUUAGCUGCCGUUAUUAUUGAUGUGAAUAUUCAACAUGAAGAAGACAUCUUUAAGUAUGUGGAUAAGUUGAAACUUAAGAUUUUUUUGUUGAAAAUAUGUGCUUUGAAAAUGAGUAAAGAUUUUCCUCUUGAUAAGAGUUCUUUAUUUUUCAAAUACUUUAUGUACAUUUCAUCAAGAGAUCCUAAAUUUAUUGAUGAAACUUUGCAAUAUUUUGUUGAACAAGAAAAUUUCGAUUUCUUGUGCCUGUUGUUUGAUAAGACGCUGAGAUAUCUAGUAACAUGCGAAUACUUUAAACAAGACAAUUUCUGGACUUACAUAAAGAUUCAUAUUGUAAGUGAUGACACUGUAAGAAAGAAGCAAGUGCAGUAUAUUUUGUGGAGAACUAUAGAUUACUACAAAACGAAUUGUAUGUUAUUACCUGAUGUAUUACAAACGGGAACAUUUCAAGAUUGGGACUUUUUCUUUAUUCUGCUGGAAAUGUCUAAAGAAAAACAACUGCACUUAAUACAACCUACUUUGAAACUAUUACCGUCAAUAACAGAACUGCAUAUGAGUUGGAGAAGUUGUCUGUAUCGAGAACUUCUGAAUCAUUCACAGUUGAUUGUUGUAUAUAAUAUCGUAAAGCAUAUACUGAAAUUGAAAUUUUCUUGUGACGAAAUUCAUCGAAAAAUCCUAUUCGAUUGUUUACUGGCCUUGAAUAAAUUUGAAUAUUCAAACUUGAGUAAGGAUGUCUUCUGCCAGCUUAGAAUAUUUUGUGAUGAAUUGACUGAGGAUUGUUAUCUCAUAUUUUUCGAAGAAUUUUUGAGAAUCGAUUGGAACCCAGCAGCAGCAUGGUGUGUAUUAACCAGUUCUUCGACAAUCUUAGGCAAAAUUCCACACCAUUUGAUUACAAAAAUGCUGUUGUGCUUGAAAAAGUUACCACAUACAUAUAUUAAACAGAGUUGUAUAAUUUUUUUCAUUGAAAAGUUUUUGAAUAAUUCUACCAAUCUUUUUGAAAAUCUAAUGUUAGUGGGGAAAUUUUUAUUUUCAACUCAUCGGAAAGUGGACAAGGAAGUCUUUUAUCGAAUCAUUGAACAAAGAAAAAGUGAAAUAAAAAAAUACGAGGAGGUAUUAGAAAAAUCACUAAUUAUAUCUCUGGCAGAGAUGGAUUCAGAAUGUUUAGUAUUCAGUUUGGAGUUGAUGAGAAAAUUGAAUAUGGAAAUAAAGAAAGAUUUGGCAAUACCAUAUUCAGGUUUAGGUGAUAUAAUACUCUUUUACUACCCAGCUCUGAUAAAACCUUCUGACCUGGAGAAUUAUUUAGUGGAAAGGUUUCAAAAUGUGGAUGGUAGUGAUGAUCAAUUUCUUUUUAAACUUCUGGAGCUGCUAUUUGAUAAAGACUUGAAUAAUAUAUUAUCCAGUGAGAAGUCCUUAGCCCUUUGGAAUUCAGCAGGAACUGAUGAGACUAAACGAUUCUUUGCAAGUUAUUUGUUGCUCCUGACAGUUGGUCCCAAUACAAUUGAUUCAGUUAUAAUGGAACAAGCAGAAAUUUAUUUGAAACAUUCUAAAUAUGACUUCGGUGCAUCAUGUAUGAAAAGAUGGAGGAAGUGUGUUGAAAAAGUGCAGGACGAGCAACAAAUGAGUGAAAUGCUCAAAACCUUUCUUGACCUCCUAGAUAGUGAUGAUGAAAAAAAACUUGAGAUUGUAGUCAGUAACUUGGAUUUGGUUGUUAAAUAUGCUACUCUUUGGAAAGACAAGGUCAUCCAGAUUUUGGAUCUCUGCUUGAGAAAAUUAUGCACUUUACCAAACAAUUUGAUGAGGGAGUACUCUGCAAUGUUUUUCCAUUCAAUAUUCCAGGCAGAUCUGUUUUCUAUUGCCGCAUUUGCUGAAUGUUGGGAAAAAUGGUAUUCGGAAUUGUUCCACUGUUAUUUCUUCGAUUGUGAUUAUUUGCUCAAAAUUAUGUUGGAGGGGUGCCGAAACAUCAUUUUACAGGAAGCACCGUUUGUUCAGACUUUGGUACCAUUUAUUCUGGGCGCUUUGACUAAAGGAACUGUUAUUCAGAAAAAUCAAAGGGUGGAGUAUGGAAUAUGUCAGGAAAUUCAUGAUAAUAUCGAUUUGCCAUUUAUCCAAAAUCCCAAUAUUAUCACUUCGGAAUCAAAGAUGUUAUCUGUGGAAUGUUUAUAUCUUUUAGCUAAAAACAAGAACACUAAACAUUUUCCAUCAGCUGAUAGUCUGAUGAAGAUGUUGUUAGAGCGAUAUAUGGAAAAUUACAACAAGAGAUAUUUUCCAGAAUCGAAGAUCCACCUUGACAAACUUAGAAUUGUUCAAGCUAUGCUCAUUAUAGUUAAUUUUAUAGACAGAUCAAAAGACCAAUUGGUGCAAUUUAUACUGAAGAGUUUCUGUGAAGAGAGUCACCAACCAUCAGUGAAACAAUUGUUGCAAUGGUUGCUCAUAAUUUUGGUAACGGAAACGCCUGAUUACUUGAAAUUGAUGAUCAAGAAAGUAGAAACUGAAAAUUUUUCUCAUCCCUCAACUGUUGUUACAUUGAUACCAGUGAUGUAUCAUUUGGUAACAUCCUUAGGAGAUAAAGUGUAUUGGAAUGAAUUUACUGAUGCUUUGAUACCUUUGAUGAUGGGAGCCAACUUCAAACUGAGAGUUUAUUCUCAGGUUAUUCUCCGAAAUAUUUUACAGAAAGCAAAGGAAGCUCAACUUCUUGAGUUUACUGAUAAAUAUUCAUUCUUGGAAAAAUCUAUUUCAGCUGUACUUGAUGCUACUGGUAAUUCCGUAUCAGAAACUUUGAAACACGACAUCGUAUUCAUUGAAAAUUUUGAUCCAGCUCUACAUUUUUCUGUGGAAACUAUAUUCGUUACUCUACCCAAAAUGCUGGAUGUACCCCCGUCUGAAUGGGAAAACGUUUUAGAACACCGUUUUUCUGAAAAAUUCGACAUAAAAAUCGAAGCCGUAAAUAAACUGCCUAAUAUUCCUCACCCAAAAAUUGUCGACCACAAAAACGAGGAUGAUUUGGUUUGUGUGAAUGUACAGAAGAAAAUAAUUCCAUGGAAGCAAGAUCUGGAAGAAAAAAUUGAUAAUGACUGUCUGAACAGCCUCAUUUGUGUCGCUUCAUUGGUCGAGAAAUCCAGCAAUAUUGGCGGUUUGUCUAGGACAUGCGAAAUUUUCAAUGUGCAACAGCUGGUACUGCACAACAUUAAAAUAAAAGACGAUAAGGAAUUCAAAAAUUUGAGCAUGUCCUCGGAGAACUGGGUCGAUUUUAUGGAGGUUAAAAGGGACGAUUUAUCGAAUUUUUUGACGACAUUGAGGCAACAAGGGUAUUCUAUUGUCGGUCUAGAGCAGACCUCUGAAAGUGUGAAGCUGGAUAAAUUUAAGUUUGAGAAGAAAACUGUCAUAUUGUUAGGAAACGAGAAAGGAGGCAUUCCUGCUCCCUUACUACCUUUAUUGGACACUUGUGUAGAAAUACCUCAGUUUGGACAAACUAGGUCAUUAAAUGUUCAUGUUGCUGGCGCUACAUUUAUUUGGGAAUAUGUAAAACAACAUAUGUUAUAACAUUAUGAUUUGAGAAGAAUAUGUAUAUGAAAUGUAAAUAUGUAUCUAUAAUAAAGAAUCUUAAAAAUGACUGAUAAAA